CCCAUAAACGAUAGCAUGGAAUCUGUACGUAAGGCCAAUACCCGACUACGUAAUUAUCCAUUACUGCUUACAAAGUGCUCUGAUAAGGCUUCGCUAUAUGCGAAGUGUGUAUCUCGAGAUAUUAAUGUGCAGCAAAAAGUUUGCGAAACCGAGUUUAAGGAAUUUUUAUACUGUAUGCGUAAAGCUGCCAAAGAGCUGAAAACAAAGCUGUAAUUAUACUAUAUUUAUCAUUAUA